CAGGCACCCCGGAGGCCCAGGAGAAGGGCACCAGUGAGCAGGAGCUGAAGGACAUGCUGCGGGAGCUGGUCACCUACGUGGUCUUCCUCAUAGACCUCUGCAUACUGGCCUUCGGCAUGGUGAGCGUAGACAUGUACCACCUGAACACAGUCAUGUCCCAUCUCUUCAUGGAGCCAGCUGAGGGCGAGAAUGGUUUUGGGACCAUUCGGAGCAAAGCUGACUUCUGGAAGUUUGUACAGGGACCACUGUUGGAUGGCCUCUACUGGGACAAAUGGUACAACAACAAGACGUUACCCUUCCAGAACUACAGCCAUAUUUACUAUGAGAACUUACUGUUAGGAGCAGUCCAGGUUCGACAGGUGAAAGUGCGCAACAACACGUGCUCCAUCUACCCCUAUUUCCGUAGCUUUUUAGACGGCUGUUACAGUGAGUACAGUUACCAAGCUGAAGACAGGUCUGACGAUGCUCUAAGGAGCGAAUCUGAAUGGAAAUACACCCCAGCUGAUUCAUUUACCCUGUGGUAUUUGGGAAAUAUGGGCUUGUAUGGCAGUGGAGGGUAUUUGUUCACCUUACCUAAAUCGAAGCAGGAGAGCAUAGAGAAGUUGGCCUCUCUGAAGCAGAACAACUGGCUCACUAGAGGAACCAGAGUUGUAUUUAUCGACUUCUCAACAUACAACGCUAACCUAAACCUCUUCUGUGUGGUCAGGUUGGUGGUAGAGUUCCCUGCCACAGGUGGUGCUUUCACCUCUAUACAUAUCUACUCUGUGAAGCUCCUCAGAUACAUCACACGUUAUGAUUACUUCGUGGCUUCUUGUGAAAUCAUCUUUUGCCUCUUUAUCAUUACAUUCAUAAUCCAGGAAGCUAUAAAAAUAGUGAAACUGAAACGGGAAUAUUUCAGAAGUGGUUGGAGCUGGCUGGAUUUGAUGCUGCUGAUGGUAUCCAUCCUUGCCAUUGUCUUCAAUAUCUACAGCACUGUAGAAGUGUCCCUGCUAAUGGGAGAGCUGCUCUCUGAUGCCAAUGUAUAUCCAGACUUCUAUUUCCUUACAUUCUGGCAAGUCCUUUACAACAAUAUGAUUGCUGUCAACAUUUUCUUUGCUUGGAUAAAGGUACUUAAAUAUGUAAGGUUUAACAAAACAAUGGGGCAGUUGUCCUCCACUUUAUCUCGCUGUGCCAAAGACAUCAUUGGGUUUGCCGUCAUGUUCUUCAUUGUCUUCUUUGCCUAUGCCCAGUUUGGCUACCUGGUCUUUGGGUCACAAGUUGAAGAUUUUUCCACGUUCCAGAAAUGCAUCUUCACACAGUUCCGUAUUGUGCUGGGAGAUUUUGAUUUUGAAAACACAGAAGCAGUAAACAGAAUCCUUGGACCCAUUUACUUCAUCUCAUUCGUAUUCUUUGUGUUCUUCAUAUUGCUGAACAUGUUUUUGGCCAUUAUAAAUAACACCUAUUCGGAAGUCAAAGCAGACUACGAUGUGAUGCCCAGUCACAAGCUCCCCAUCAGAGACCUCUUUAGACGUAGUUGUGAUAAUGCCCUUAUCAAGCUCAAGCUGAAGAAACCUGAGGAAGACACACAACCAGCAGCAGAGAAGUUGGAAAGCAAGGAAUUACCAUCCACUAGAAAGAAGCAUGUUUCUAAGAGCGAAAAGAGCCCUUCGAAGGUAUCAGAGCUACAGGCAAAGAAAGAAAGACAUCAGAUGAUUUAUGUGCCUGCUCAGAACAUGGCCUCGGACCCAGAUCAGGGCUAUGUCACCAUUGCAGAUUUUCAGCAGCUCGUGAGUUACACAGCUGAAUUGGGGAAGGAACUCAACACCACCAAUGCAAGACUCAGGAGAAUCAUAAGAAACAUGCAACAGCAGGAUGCUGCAGGCAAGCCGACAUGCUGAAACACUUGGCUGCUCAGCUGGUGACAGAGAUGGCCCCAACUCGUCCCGGUUUAAAUACAUCCAAAGUUCCCAUCCCCUUUAUUUU